AUGGAGGAUCAGCAUACGAUGCUGUCCGAGGGGAUUCCGUUUUUCGGCGUCUACGACGGUCACGGCGGCACCCAAUGCGCGGAAUACCUCCGCGACCAAUUGCACGGGCUCAUCCUCGGCCAUCCAGAGGUGAAGACUAAUCCCGAGAAGGCCAUCGUUGAUGGCAUAGUAGAGGCUGACCGAGCCUUCCUCGCCCGCUCCGAGGCGGAGACGAACGAGUCUGGCAGCGUCUGCGCCGUUGCCUUGAUCAUAGAUGACAAGCUUGUAGUGGGAAACGUCGGCGACGCCGAAGUUGUGCUUUCGCACAACGCAAAGCCAGUAGUUCUCACCGUGCGACACAACAUCGCCAGCAACCCGAGCGAGGAGGAGCGGAUUCGUUCUGUAGGGGGCAAGGUGUGCCACAAUCGUGUCGGACACCCAAACUACAACCCGGCGGUCGUUAGUCUUGCUGUAACACGCGCCAUCGGAGACGCAGGCUUCAAGCUUGCAAAGUACACGGAUGGCAAGCCCUCUGGAGUGAUCGCUGUUCCGGAGACGUCGGUUACCCGACUGACGGAUGAGGACGAGUUUCUCGUGAUCGGCUGCGACGGGCUCUGGGAUGUCAUGACAUACGCAGAAGUGGUGGACUUUUGCUCCCAACGAUUACAGGAAGGCGUGCCGGCGCAGUGCAUCGCCGAGGAGUUAGCUCAGGCAGCUCUCACGAAAGGGAGCACUGAUAAUGUUACUGCCAUGCUGGUUCACUUGACACGCCGGGAGGGACCUCUGAGCACGCGCGAGUUCGUGCCUGAGGCGGCUGUAUCGACUUCAACGCGCAACCUCUCCGAUGAACCGUAG